CUACGAUGCACAUGAGCUAAGAAAAAAGGUUAAAGAAACAUGCUUGCCUAUUAAUAUAUAGAUAAAUGUGUGUGAAUAAAAUAACUUGAUUGUAUCAGAACAACGCAGAAAGAGAUGGAAAUUUGAAGUUCUAUCUUUUUAUGCAACAAUCUAGUACACACAAAGUCAGUGAUACCAAUGAUAAUGUAACUUUAUGUUGUGACUAACAAACACUUCUUAACAAAUUUAUGCUUUGUUAUACUCUAAACUAAAUAUUUUGAACAUUAAUUUCACAGGUAAAAGAGACAAUUCUAGGUUUUACUGCAUUUGUUACUAAUUUCCAUCCCCAAGAUUCCUUCUUGCACAGUAAGGUUGAGGGUUCUCCUCUUAAAAUAAACUUUUCUUAAUAUUAUCAGUAAACAUAUAGGCUAAUAAAAUCAGAGAUAAUGUGUUGUUUUAUCAAUAAGCUGAUAAAUAAGUCUAUGUGGUUCAAAGUUGUAAUGAUCAAACAAAACCAAAUAUUUAUACAGAUCAAUAUUCAAAUAAGUACAGACCAUGGCUAGUGAGAAAGAUGAGAAGGCUAAGAAAAAGUCAAAGAAAAAGCCUAAAUUGGACUUUGAAGCUUUGUCAAAAUUAUCAGUAUAUGAUUUUGGAGUUCCUCCUCACUUUCCAAAACUCGAGCUUCCUCCUAGCAAACUAAUGGAGCGGCCGUUAGUGACUAGGGAAGAGUGGGGAGCGGAACCUCCAACAGCUGUUGUGCCUCUGAAACUACCAGCUAACUGGAUACUGUUUACGUAUACGGAUACUGAAGAGUGUGACACCAAGGAACAUUGUCUUCAGAUUGUGAAGAGACUCCAAACACAACAUAUGCGUGAAAGAGGACUACCUGAUAUUCAGUACAAUUUUCUAGCAGGAAGUGAUUUCAACGUUUAUGAAGGUAGAGGCUGGACUGCUAGGCCAGAUAAGAAUGAAAAAUAUCCCAAAUUGAUUAAGAAAAAUGCUGUCGAGAUUGCUUACAUAGGAAACUUCAAAGACAAAACUCCUUCAAUGGAAAUGCAAAGACAUGCUUGGAAUCUCGUAGAGGAUUCUUUAGAUCAAGACAAGCUUGAUGUCGACACUCGCAUCAUCGACGACUUUCAUGACUCAGCCGAUAUAGAUGUUGAUCAAAUCCUGAAGAUGAAUGAUGAUGAAGCCGAAGCCUGCCCUGACUUAAAGUAAAGAUCAAAGGAUUUCCAAAUGAAAAUACAUUAAGAAGAAGGAAUGAAUACACAACUAACAUAUCCCAGAAAAGAGAUCCCGGCUGUUGAAGAAUCAGUCAACCUUGAAGAAUCCUUCUAGUAGGGACAAAAUAUCAAGUUCACUAUGUUGUGAACUUGUUGUGUUAUUUCAACCGCCAGGAACUCUUUAUUUUCGAUAAGUUAGCUGUGUAUCCAUUCCUUCUACCAUAUAAUGUAUUCCUAAGCCAAUUUAUAUUUCCUCCAAAAACCAGCCGAAUUAAGCUACGGUAUCAUGUGAUUGUUAUUCAAUAGGAUAGGUAAUCAACCAACUAGUUCUUUUUGUAAUGGUUCUCUCAUAAGCAAAAAUAAAAUAAUUGGUGUUUUUACUGAUAUUAUGGAUCAAGGUUAGUGUAAA